AUGAAACAACAACAAAUCUUCCAAAGAAGCUCAAGUGCUAGCACCACAACAACAAGAAGCAAUAGAAGAAUCAUCCCUUCAAACCUAACACAUCAAGUCUUAUAUCGUGCUUCCGAAUCCGAUGAUGUAUCCGACAAACUCCUCAUACGACGAGGAUCUUCACCUUCGGUCUCAAACUUGCACAACCAACAAACAAAACUAACACAACCAAACAAGCUAUCUUCUCUCAUACGUUCGUUCCUUAAUAUCUUCACUUUUCCAACGAUCAUCCCAACAUGCAAGUGGCUCACCAUCCCUUCCCACCUCUCCAUAACCCCUUCCCUCGGCAGAAAAGUCACCGGAACCCUCUUCGGCCACCGCCGCGGCCACAUAUCCUUCGCUGUCCAGCUGGACUCUCGCGCCGAGCCUCUCCUCCUCCUCGAACUCGCCAUGUCCACCUCCUCCUUAGUGAAGGAGAUGUCCUCCGGCCUAGUGCGCAUUGCGCUGGAGUGCCAGAAAGUGCCUGCCACUGCACACGGUGGCCGGCACAAGAGACUCUUCCAAGAGCCUAAUUGGACUAUGUAUUGCAACGGAAGGAAGUGUGGGUAUGCGGUGUCCCGCACGUGCGGGGACCUUGACUGGCACGUGCUGAGCACCGUGCAGAGCGUGUCGGUGGGUGCCGGGGUGAUCCCGCUGCUGGAGGACGGGGAUGAAAGUAGGAAAGGUGGCGGCGGAUCGGAGGGCGAGUUGAUGUACAUGAGGGCAAGGUUUGAACGAGUCGUUGGAAGCCGUGACUCGGAGGCGUUUUAUAUGUUGAAUCCUGAUGGUAAUGGAGGACCUGAACUUAGUAUUUUUCUGUUGAGAAUAUGA